CAAGAUCUUAAUCCCUGCGCUGCUCCUCCGCCGGGAGUCGGCCUCCGAUCACCAACCAUGCUGAACUCGUCGAUGCGGCGAGUGGUCGUCGCCACAGCACCUCCGUCACCUGCCACCGUCUCAACAGCCCUGCCCCGAGCCGCUGUCAGUUACAGCCUGCCGUACAGACCUGCCGGCCUCCAUCAGCGCCGCUAUUCGUCGUCAAAACCGUCCAGUCCAGACGACGGCUCCAGAGACUACACCUCUAGGCCCUCCGUCCCCGCGUCAGGAGAGUCAAAGACGACAGGAGAAAAACGCAAGAGAAAGGCAAAGGAGGCCGGGCCCCAACUCCCCAGUGUUCCCAGUACCAGGCAUAUCAAAAAUGAGGCCCUCGCCCUGUCCACCUUCUUCGCCCUGCAUCGGCCCAUCUCUGUGACGCAACUCCUGCCUAAGAUCGUGUCCGACGAUGCCUUUGCCGAGAUUUUCACUCCACCCUCUCGCAAGCAGAAGAUGGCCGAGGUCAUCUCGACGCUAUCACAGACGGUGCACGCCCUGGACGAGCCGCUAUCCAAGCUGAACGACGCGCAACAGGACGCGCGGGAGACGGACGACGGAUCCGCAAAGCUCACGUUGCGGCACGGAGACGGGAGCGAGACCAACGUCUACCUCCAGCUCGACACCAUGUCUGGCAACUUCCUGCCCUUCACCCCGCCUCCGGCACCGGAGCCCAUGACCGAGGCCGAGGCCGAGUCGGUCACCAACGACGCCAUGGCCGAGGAGAUGGCCGGUGGUGAGAAAGAGCCGUCGGCGCCGCAAUCGCGAGUCUACAGGGCCAUGGUCACCAUUGAGGAAACGGUCGACGACAACGGGCACUACAAGGUGGUGGCGCACAGCCCGGAGCUGGUCGAGGCCGAGGAUGCCGAGCCCGAGCAGACGCCUAGGUCGUUCCUGGCCCGCCUGGCGCAGCGCCAGCUCCGGUACGACGAGGCCCGCCGGCAGCAGGGCCGCGACAUGCAGGCCAUCAGCGUCCGCCGCCAGCGGAAACUCCGCAUGAAGAAGAAGAAGUACAAGAAGCUGAUGAAGAAGACGAGGAACAUUCGGAGGAAGCUGGAUCGGCUGUAG